CACCGGAAGUCGAAGAGGAGGAGUGCACAGAAGAGAGCCAAACUGCGGUUACCCACCUCAGCUCAGCUCACUUCAGUUCAGCCCCAUCCAAACCUUUAACCCACCUUCAAUCUUCAUAGAUAUCUUCGACAAAUAAUAAACCGCCAGUUAUAUUAAUUUCUAGCCGAUCGAUCGAGGUAGAAUUGAAGAGCCUGCCAGAGCAACCUAAUUGGUAAUUAGAUCAAGCUUUUAAUUAGAUAGAUCAGAUCAGAUCAGAUCAUAGCUAGGUGGCAAUUGAUUGAUUGUUAAGAAUGGGUGAUGCUCCUCUCCAUUACAACGACGAAGCUGGUAAUAGUGCGGCGGCGCAACCUUAUUCUGCAUCAUCAGCACCAAUAACCCCACGCCCCCCAACUCCGGCGGCUCCAACUCCGCCGAUCGUGUCCCUCCCUCCGUCGCAGUACCACUCCCCCUCCCUUUCCCGGUCGCCGCUGCUCACUCCCGGCGGCACCAACAAGAAGAAAUCAUCCACGACAACGCCGAGAAUAAUCAGAACCCCUCGGUUCAUCACCCCCCUGGGCAGCCCUUUGAGGAAAGCCAUUAAACUCACGAAACUUGACCCCCAGGAUGCCUGGCUUCCCAUCACCGAGUCCAGGAAUGGAAAUGCUUAUUACGCCGCUUAUCAUACUCUGUGCUCCGGGAUUGGGGUCCAGGCUCUUGUGCUCCCCGUUGCUUUCACCAUUCUAGGCUGGACGUGGGGUAUUAUUCACUUGACUGCGGCCUUCAUCUGGCAGCUAUACACUCUCUACUUGCUGGUGCAGCUCCACGAGUCUCCCGAAAAUGGAAUUCGGUACAGCAGAUACAUGCAAUUGGCCAGCGCCACAUUCGGGGAUAAGCUAUCCAAAGUCCUGGCUGCAGUUCCAAUCAUGUACUUGUCGAGCGGCACAUGCGUGGCUCUGAUCGUGAUUGGCGGCUCGACCUCCAAGUUGCUUUACGAGACUCUGUGCGGGCCUAAUUGCAGUAAUCCGAAGCCGCUGACGAGCGUGGAGUGGUACCUUGUGUUCACCUGCGCAGCCGUGCUGCUGUCACAGCUGCCCAACCUGAACUCCAUCGCCGGAGUUUCACUCGUCGGAUCCCUCACAGCAGUUGGCUACUGCACCGCCAUUUGGGCGGUGUCGGUGGCGGAGGGCAGGCUGCCCAACGUGUCGUACAAUCCAAUUAGGGCUGGAACAGAAAUUCAGAGGAUUUUCAGCGUGCUGAAUGCCGUUGGGAUCGUUGCUUUCGCGUUUAGGGGACAUAACCUCAUCCUUGAAAUCCAGGCGACCAUGCCCUCGAGCGAAAAGCAUCCAUCGAGCGUACCCAUGUGGAGAGGCGUCAAAGGAGCAUACUUGAUUGUAGCGCUCUGCUUAUUCCCACUCGCCAUAGUCGGAUACUGGGCCUACGGUCGAAUGAUCCCAGCGAAUGGUAGCAUGCUAACGGCCGUGUAUGCGUUCCACGGGCAAGACGUGGCACGGCCAGUGCUGGGACUGAUAAGUUCCUUUGUGGUCAUAAAUGCGCUGAGCUCAUUCCAAAUAUAUGGGAUGCCGAUGUUCGACGACGUGGAGUCGGCGUACACCAAGAGUUUCAAGAAGGCUUGCCCCUGGUGGCUACGGGCCUUGAUCCGGACGGUAAGCGGAUUCAUGUGCUUCUUUGUGGCGGUGGCGAUGCCGUUUCUGGGAAGCAUGGCGGGGCUGGUGGGCGGGAUCUCGCUGCCGGUGACAUUGGCGUACCCCUGCUUCAUGUGGCUCAAAAUGAAGAAACCAAAGAGGUAUGGCCUCACCUGGUGCCUCAAUUGGGGAUUGGGACUGCUCGGGAUGGCAUUGAGUGCCCUCCUUACGGCUGCCAGUCUCUACCUUCUUAUAGACACGGGCGUCCAAGUUAGCUUCUUUAACCCUCAAUAGUCUGUCUCGUUAUUACAUAUGAUUCGUUUAGUGUGACUUGCUUUAUUAAGUCUAGUUUGUAAGGUAUUAGAUUCGAUUGAAUUAUCCUGAGCGCACUCGAGAAGUAGCGGAUGCGAAUUUUCACGUUAUAUAUAUAAAAUAUAUAUAUAUCAAAAUGGAUGAUUAUAUA